AUGGAAACAACGAUUAACUAAUAAGAUAAUUUUUUUAAUAAAAGUAAUUUAGUAUUUUUUUUAUUUUAAUUCUCAAAAAAAUAAAAAAAUAAUAAAAUAAAUAGAGGAUGGGAAAUCUAUAAUGCAAAUUAAAAAGCAUAUACUAAAUAUUAUUUUAAAUGGGUUUAAACAUUAACUGAAAUCGAUUGGCCUUUUUUUUAAGAAGGAUAAUAAAUAGUAAAUCAUAUAUAAAAUAUAACUAUAAUAGCAAACAAAUCGCGUUUAAUAUAAACAAUAAAAGAAUUUGAAUAAAAAAAUAAAUGUGUAUAUGAGAUAAAUUCUAAUCAUUUUUUACCUGAAACUUAUAGAUUAGAUACUUAAAAGGAGAUGAUUUCAAAUGACGAGCAUAUAUUUUUAAAUAAAAGAAAUAUUUCAGGAAUAUGGAUAAAUAAACCAACAAAUUAUAAUUGUGGUAAAGGAAUAUAAAUAGUUUCUGAUAUAAAAAAAUUCAGAGAUAAUUUUGCGAAAAUAAAGUAAUCAUUAAAAUCAAAAAACUCAAUUUAAAAUAACUCUUCAAUGAUUUUAAAUAAAAAAUAAUUACAAAUUCCAAAAAAAGUAUUAUUCAAAAAUAUAUCGAAAACCCUCUUUUAUUAGAUAAAAGGAAAUUCGAUAUUAGAUGUUAUGUACUUAUUGCAAGUACUAAUCCUUAUAUAAUUUUAUAUAAUCCUGGUUAUUUAAGAUUAUCUAUUAAUGAAUAUAGAAAUGGUUUUUUAAAAAAAAUAAUAAUAUUUAAAUACAAUUAAAUAGAAACUGCAGGUGAUGUAAAUGAAAGAUAUACGCAUUUAACUAAUGCAGCGAUUUAAAAAAAACAUCCUGAUUUUCAAAGGUUAAAAGAAAAUACUAUUUGGAGUUAACAAUAAUUUUAAGUAAUAAUUAUAUAUUAUUUAAUUAUUUAUUAUUUUUAGUAAUAUUUAAAUAAAUCGUAUAAUUUAUCAGAAGAAUAAAUCUAAAAUAUGUAAAAUAAAAUUAAAUAACUUCUUACUUAUGUUUUAAUUACUGCAGAAAAAAAAAUUCUGA